AUGCCUUCGGUAUCAGACUUCACGCCCUUCUGCAAUCUCAGCGCCGUCGCGAACGGGACCGAUCUCUGCACGCCAGAAACAUGCUGCUUAGCGUUCGGGGAGAUUAAUUAUCUGCCCAACUUCCCCGCCAACGUCUUCUUCGCCGCCGUCUUCCUCUUCCUCCUCAUACCCAAUGCCUUCUUCGGCAUCCGGUACAAGACGUGGUCAUUCAUGACGUGGGUGACGCUGGGCCUGCUCGGCGAGGCCGUCGGGUACGCCGGCCGCAUCAUGCUGUACGAGAACAUCUUCAGCUUCAACGCCUUCCUGGUCUACCUGAUCCCGCUCACCCUGGCGCCGGCCUUGAUCACCGCCAGCAUCUACCUGUGCCUGGCUCGCUUGAUCAACGUCCUCGACCCGGCCCUCGAGCAUACGCGCCUGCAGCCCAUGACUUAUACCAAACUCUUCGUGACCUGCGACAUCAUCUCGCUGAUUCUGCAGGCCGCCGGCGGCGCCCUAAGCGCAAUCGCCGACACCAAGGCCCAGGAGGACACGGGCGUCCACAUCAUGAUUGCCGGUCUGGCCUUCCAGGUCUUCUCGCUCCUGCUCUUCAUCGGGCUCUGCACCGACUUUACCAUCCGCCUGCGCAACGGCCGCAAAACCGGCAUGUCGUGGCAGAUGCAGGGCGGCGCCAAGUCCACCGGCUCCAUCACGUCCAACGUCGACACCUCAUACGAGUCCGAGGGCUCGCGCAUCCCGCCCUUGAUACAAGACAGCGAGGACGACGCUCUCCGGUACGCGCACAUUACCAAUACGUUCAUGUUCAAGGCCUUCGUCGGCACGCUGAUCGCCGCAACCCUCCUGAUCCUCACCCGCUCCUGCUACCGCCUGGCCGAGCUGCAGGGCGGCUUCAACGGCAAACUCGCCAACGACGAGGUGCUCUUCAUGAUCCUCGAGCCCCCGCUGAUCUUCCUGUCGUGUGCCCUUCUCAUCACCUUCCACCCCGGCCUCGCGCUGAAGGGACUAUGGAGCAUGGGCGAAUUCAAGAAGCCAACGGUGGACGCCGCGGCCGCUGUCAAGUCCAAGGCUGGCUUCUUCACGUUUCGAAAAGAUCAGCGCCGCGGCACGUAUGAGGGUGUUGCCGCUUGA